AUGAAAGCUGGCAAGAUCCUCUCAAGUCACCAUGCAAUCCGUCAUUCCAGAGGGAACCCGUUUUACGGCCUCGAUAUGACCCUGUUGGAAGACCUGCUUGACAGUGCUCAAUCCCUUACCUUCCCUCCUCCUGAUCGGGGCAUACAACAGGGGACAUGGGUCUCCCUGAAACACCCUUCCUUUGCUAGAGAUCUGGCCCUCAUGGUGGCUGUACUUCUGGAGGAUAAUCUGCACGUUCUGUUGACCGCACGACCUACAAAGAUGUUGAUGAGGUUGGGUGUUUGA